GUUCCUCUGUUUGCUCGUAUGAGAACCUCGUGCGCAGACUUUUUCACGACCACAAGAUCAAGCAAAGGUGCGGAAGGGCUUUCCUAUUUCACAUGGCCAUACACUGAGGUGUCUAAUGGCCUCCAGCUCAGGGCUGUCCAUGUGAGAAGUGAAUCUGAGAAGAGAAGGGCAGACACUUAAAGAGAGAGAAGAGUUUCCCACAGAGCAUGGCCUCUGCCAAAGAAGAUGGCGUAUAUGAAAGAACGGUGAACAUUAAAGAAGAGGAGUGUGAGCGGCUCGCACCAGAGGAUGUGUGUGUGAAGCUGGAGGAUCACGAAGAAAGAAUUUCAGUUUUUAAAGAGGAGGAGGAGUGCAAGGAGGUGACUGCUGCAAUUAAAGCUGAGGAUUUGAAUGAUUUCUCUCUUGGUCUUGAACUUCGAAAGCAUGAAGCUGAGGAUAUUUUCAAGCAAGAUGCCUGUGAAGAAUCUCCAUCCAGUUUACAGCCCUGGUCCACUAAUACAGGACAACUGGCUAUGCAGGAGAAUUCUGCAGAGCUGAAAUCAGAGUUAUCAGAGUCUGAAGAGAAAAUCACCGAGGGAAAUGGGAGAGAAGGAGAAGAGUCACCUGGGAGUGUUGGAAUAAAUGUUCAGAAGAAUGGCAGCUUCUCUCCACCUUCAUUUGGUCAGCCCUCUCUUCAGUACAAAGAGAAAGGUAGGAAGAAAUCAGCAAGAGGAUCAGAGAACCUGACAGCAGCCUUUUUGCAGUGCAGUUCUCUCCCAGCUAGUGGAGUAACACAGACAGAAGCCAUCAAAACUGAUCGACAGCAAGUGGAGAAAGAAAUCCAAAUUCAUACUGGAGAUAAAUGUUUGGAAUGCGGCAAACAAUUCACACACAAAAGUGAUCUUAAUGAGCAUAUGAAGAUUCACAAUGGAGAAAAAACAUAUUGUUGUCAUGAAUGUGGUAAGUCGUUCUCAAGUAGAAGCAUUCUUCAGACGCACAGAAGAAGCCACGCAGGAGAAAAACCUCAUUGCUGUCCAGAAUGUGGCAAGUCAUUCUCAUGGAGAAGCCAUCUUCAGAGACACAGAAUAAUCCACACAGGAGAAAAAUCUCAUUGCUGUUCAGAAUGUAGUAAGUCUUUCCAAAGCAUAAGCUAUCUUCAGAACCACAGAAAAAGCCACACAAGAGAGAAACCUCAUUGUUGUCCAGAAUGUGGCAAGUCAUUCUCAUGGAGAAGCCAUCUUCAGAACCACAGAAGAAUCCACACAGGAGAAAAACCUCAUUCCAGUUCAGAAUGUGGUAAGUCAUUCUCAUGUAAAAGUGAUCUUCAGAAUGACAGAAGGCGCCACACAGGAGAAAAACGUCAUUGCUGUCCCGAAUGUGGUAAGUCGUUCUCAUAUAAAAGUGUUCUUAAGACGCACAGAAGAAUCCACACAGGAGAAAAACCUCAUUGCUGUCCAGAAUGUGGAAAGUCGUUCUCAUGUAUAAGCUAUCUUCAGAACCACAGAAGAAGCCACACAAAAGAAAAACCUCAUUGCUGUCCAGAAUGUGGAAAGUCAUUCUCAUGGAGAAGCCAUCUUCAGAUACACAGAAGAAUCCACGAAGGAGAAAAAUCUCAUUGCUGUUCAGAAUGUGGUAAAUCUUUCCAAAGUAGAAGCUAUCUUCAGAAUCACAGAAGAAUCCACGCAGGAGAUAAACCUCAUUGCUGUCCAGAAUGUGGUAAGUCAUUCUCGUGGAGAAGCCAUCUUCAGAACCACAGAAGAAUGCACACAGGAGAAAAACCUCAUUCUUGUUCAGAAUGUGGUAAAUCAUUCUCAUGGAGAUGCAAUCUUCAGAACCACAAAAGAAUCCACACAGGAGAAAAACCUCAUUCCUGUUCAGAAUGUGGUAAGUCGUUCUCAUUUAAAAGUGAUCUUCAGAAUCACAGAAGACGCCACACAGGAGAAAAUCCUCAUUGCUGUCCCGAAUGUGGGAAGACGUUCUCAUCUAAAAGUGUUCUUAAGACGCACAGAAGAAUCCACACAGGAGAAAAACCUCAUUGCUGUUCAGAAUGUGGGAAGACGUUCUCAAGGAGAUCCUAUCUUCAGACCCACAGAAAAAUCCACACAGGAGAAAAGCCUUAUUGUUGUCCAGAAUGUGGUAACUCGUUUUCACAAAUUAGCCAUCUUAAGGCGCACAGAAAAAUCCACACAGGAGAAAAACCUCAUUGCUGUUCAGAAUGUGGUAAGACGUUCUCAAGGAGAUGCCAUCUUCAGACCCACAGCAAAAUCCACACAGGAGAAAAACCUUAUUGCUGUCUAGAAUGUGGCAAACAAUUUUCUGACAUACGCAAUUUUCAGAGGCACACAAAAAAUCAUACUGGAUAGAAGCCAUGUUGCUGUCCUAAAUGUGGAAACAGGUUUUUCAACAUUAGCUUUUUUCAAAUACACACACAAACUUGCAUGGAAGAGAAAAUGCA